UUUGUAAAAAAAAAAAAGAAAAAUCAAACCAUACCAAACGUGCAAGUUUUUUUUCGAGUGUAUACAAAUAUCAAACGACAAAUGUAAUUAAAUCUAUCAAAUGACUGUAAAUUAAUAUUUAAUAUUAAGAAAGAGUAAAGUGUGGUUUCUAUCCAUGUAAAAAAAAAAAACGACAAGAAUCGCAAAACAAAACAAGAUAAACCAAAAAAAAAACAAACAACAAGAAGUGUAUUAACGGUACAAGCUAAAUGUGCUCUCGCCCCACUGUGCACGCGACGUAUCCGCAAUUUUUUUAAAAUUGUAGCCGCAACGUAACGUCGUCCAGUUGCUUUUAAACUGUUGUUCUCGUUCCGUCAAAAAAUAUUUUGUACGUCUCAUUUUUGGUUUCUGUGUUUUCUGAUUUUAUUCGGCUGUUUUUCGGUUGUUUUUGCAAUACGCGCCAAUUCGUAAGCUGAGCGUGCAGCAAACAGCCGUCAAAAUUGAGCUGUUAAGCGCGCCCACAAUCUCGAUAUCGACGGUAGCGCCAACCACGUCGCCAUCGCCGCAACACCAUCUACAAACACAGCCGCAACAGCAGCAGCAGGCGCCGUAUCAUCAUCUUCAACAACAACAGCAGCAACAUUACGGGCCACUGCCACCGCCUUCACCAUACUUUCAGCAUUUGCAGCAGCAACAACAACAGCAGCAGCAACAGCAACAACAACAACAACAGUUACAACACAUGAAGUUUCUGGGCGGUAAUGAUGAUCGCAACGGACGCGGCGGUGUCGGCGUCGGUAGCGACAUACGCGGAUCCAAUACGCAGGAUGUGGACGCAGCGAGUGCUGCCGCAGCCGCCGCUGCUGUUGGCUUCGUUUUUCAGCAGCGCCCAUCACCCGGCGGCGGCGUCGGCGUCGGCGCUGGCGUCGGACCCGUUGGCUCCACCUUGCACGACGCCGCGGCUGCUGAGUACGCGGUCCAUUUUGCCCAAAAACAACAGCAGACGCGUUGGGCAUGCGGCGACGAACACGGCAUCGAUAAUCCGGACAAAUGGAAAUACAAUCCUCCCAUGAAUCCAUCGAAUGCCGCGCCCGGCGCACCGCCUGGCAACGGUGGCAGCAAUGGCGGACCCGGUGCCAUUGGCACCAUUGGCAUGGGCAGCGGUUUAGGAGGUGGUGGCAUGGGCGGCAAUGGCAGCGGCACCAACGGUGGUCUACAUCAUCCAUCGAUGGCAGCUGCGGCAGCCAAUAUGGCUGCCAUGCAACAGGCCGCCGUGGCUAAGCAUAAUCACAUGAUGUCGCAGGCGGCCGCCGUAGUUGCUGCCCAGCAGCAGCAACAACAGCAGCAACAUCAACAGCAGCAGCAACAUAAUGCUCAGGGUCCACCGCAUCAUAUGAUGGGCAGCGGCAAUGGACUGGGCAAUGGCAAUGGAUUAGGCGGCUUAGGCCAGCCGCAUCCCGGCCAGCAGCAGCAACAACAGCAACAGGGUCAAAAUCCCGGCCAGCAUCAGUACAACUCGAAUCUGCUCAGCCAUGUGAUGAACAAUCAUGUUGCCGCCGGCGCCGCCAUGGGCCACAUGACGCCCUAUGCCCAAUCGGGUGCCACUGGUAACAUGUACGAUCAUCAUGGCGGCGCACUGCAUCCGGGCAUGAAUGGCGGUAUGCCGAAGCCCCCACCGCCGCUGGGACCGCCGGGCGGACCACAGGAUUUCGUUUAUAUGGGAGGACAACAGCAUGCUGCUGCUGCCGCCGCCGCGGCAGCAGCUAUGGGCGCUGCUCUGAUGCCCCCACAGAAUCAAUAUAUGAAUAACUCGGCCGCUGCUGCUGCCGCCGCCAAUCGGAAUGCAGCGAUAACCACAUCGACUGCCAAGAAACUGUGGGAGAAAUCGGAUGGCAAGGGUGGCGCUACACCAGGCGGUCCACUUAAUCCCCUGCAGAUUCCUGGCGUCGGGGAUCACUCAUCCGUGUGGAAGGAUCACACAUGGUCCACACAAGGCGAGAAUAUAUUGGCACCUCCCAGGCCACGUGGCUAUCCACAUGGCGGUGCUUCCGAUAACUCAAACAGCGGCAAUGCGGGCAUUUUGAGCCCCCGCGAUUCGACUUGCGUUAAGAUGGUUGAAUAUGUUCUGGGCGGCUCACCCACCAACAAGGAGAGUCCCUUGUCGAGUUUGGAGCCGCGAAUGCGCAACUUGAAGUUUGACGAUAAUGAUAAGUCACACGAUGAUAAGGAAAAGGCAAAUUCUCCGUUUGACACAAACGGGUUAAAGAAGGACGACCAAGUCACAAACACAAAUGGAGUCGUCAAUGGCAUUGAUGAUGACAAGGGAUUCAAUCGCACUCCCGGCUCGCGUCAGCCCUCGCCCGCAGAAGAGACAUUACCACGCCCACCCACACUGCUCGAUCCCACACACCAUGGCUUCCCACAGAUGCCGCACUUCAAUCACAUGCUCAUGGAUCAUGGCCAGGGACACGGCAUGGGCGGUGCCCUUGGUGGCAACAAUUCGGUGGGCGGCGGCGGAGUCGGCAGCGGUGCUGCCGCAGCGUACGCGCAUCAGCAGAUGGCGGCGCAGAUGAGUCAAUUGCAGCCGCCAAUGAUGAACGGAGUUGGUGGCGGAAUGCCAAUGGCCGCACAGUCACCCAUGUUGAAUCACCAGGGCGCACAGGCGGGCGGACCCAAUCAUAUGGAAUCUCCAGGCAAUCUCUUGCAGCAACAGCAGCAGCAACAACAGCAAAAUUUUGAUGUACAGGUAAGCUUAAGAAAGCUUUUAUUUUUAUGA